CUGGCUGCUCGAGGAAGGCCUCAAUCGGGCAGAAUUUGAGCGCUGGGGGGAGCCAGCAACCUCAAGAGUAGGGUAGCGGAGUAAGGCGGGCCCGCCUGAGGACCUCAUGGCCGCCGCGGCGCUCCUGAGGCGCGGCCUCUGCCGCACAGCUUCCGCCGCCGCGCGGGCCCCGGCGCGGACCGCCGCCGCGCGGGCCCCUCAAACCCAAGCGAGGUGGGCGCGCCCCCUCGCGACCACCCCGGCCACCCUCAGCCCCGGCGAGGACCUGGGCAGUUUUGAUUAUGGGUUCACUAAAGACCGCAUCGACAAAGGCGGCGUCUCUGGCGCCGCCGAGAAUAGGGGAUUUACCUACCUGUUGAUGGGGGCGAACAAGUUCAUCUACGCGUCGGCGGUGAGGAUCGGCGCGUUAAAGUUCAUCGCGACGAUGUCUGCGACAAAAGACGUUCUAGCAUUGGCGUCGGCGGAGUUUGACGUGUCCGCCGUCGAGGAGGGGCAGACGAUCACCGUAUGCACUCAGUGUCCGUCUGUACGCCAUCGACGCAUCACACAAAAUACACAGGUCAAGUGGCGCGGCAAGCCCGUCUUCAUCAGACACCGCACGGCCGACGAGAUCGCCUCAUCUGAAGCCGUGUCGCUGGACGAACUCAGGGACCCGGAGACGGACGCUGCUAGGGUCGAAUCCGCCGAGUGGCUGGUGGUGAUGGGCAUCUGCACUCAUUUAGGAUGUGUGCCAAUUGCCAACGCGGGCGACUACGGCGGCUGGUUCUGCCCCUGCCACGGCUCCCACUACGACGUCUCGGGCCGCAUCCGCAAGGGCCCGGCGCCCCUGAACCUCGAGAUCCCGCCCUACAAGUUCACGGGCGACGCCAAUUUGCUGGUGGGCUAGUGAGUGAGCGGCUCCUCUCUCCCCCCUAUUAAUGCGUGUAUAUCUCU